ACCCCGCUCCCGCCUUGCUGAGCGCCGCUGUCCGGAAGACUGAGGCCUCCUCACUGCCCCUAAAAGAUCGGGGCUCGUGGGGGUGCGGCUUGGAGAGACCCUGAAUUGAGAUCCUAAGACCGCGCGGCUGAGCACGCCUUUCCAUGGAGGAUGCGGGUGAGGACCCCACCGUAUUCGCUGCCCAUUCCCUGCCCAGUGACCCCCGGCUCUUGGCCACCGUGACCAACGCGUACUUGGGCACACGUGUGUAUCAUGACACACUGCAUGUGAGCGGCGUGUACAACGGGGCUGGUGGGGACACACACCGGGCCCUUCUGCCCAGUCCCCUCAAUGUUCAGCUGGAGGCGCCUGCAGAGACAGGAUGUGAGCUCACGGAGACGUUUGUCCUGGACACAAACACAGGCUCCUUUCUGCACACCCUGGAGGGCCCCAGCUUUCAGGCCUCCCAGCGCAUCUACGCCCACCGCACACUGCCUCACGUCAUGGCUUUCAGUGUGUCCAUCACCCGUGUGGCCGUAGGGAGCUGGCCCAUCAUGGUGCUGCUGCGGUCAGCCUUCUCCCCGGAAAGCCCAGACCUGGACCUGCAUCUGGGUCCUGAUUUCCAAGGAGCCCGGUACCUUUAUGGCCAUACGCUUACCCCAGAGCAACCUGGAGGGCCCCAGCAGGAGGUACACAUGCUGUGGACACCAGUGCCCCCAGCCCUGACCCUUGGGGAAAGCGAGGAAGACCAGACCUGGGAGUUCUUAACCGUGGUGGGUGGCAGCCAGGCCGAGGCCCAACUCUGCUUCACUGAGGCCCUGCAGCUGCAGGCAGGGGGCACUCUGUACGCUGCGCAUGCCCAGGCCUGGGCCCAGCUCUGGGCUACCUGUGGCCUGGAUGUGGUGGGGCCCCUCCCCCUGCGCCAGGCCUUGCGUGGUGCCCUCUACUAUCUGCUCAGUGCCCUGCCCCAGCCCGGGGCCCCAGGAUAUACCUGCCACGGUCUCAGCCCUGGGGGAUUGUCCAACGGGAGCCGAGAGGAAUGCUACUGGGGCCACGUCUUCUGGGACCAGGAUCUCUGGAUGUUCCCGAACGUUCUGCUGUUCCAGCCGGAGGCCGCCAGGGCCCUCCUGGAGUACCGCAUCCGGACGCUGGGUGGGGCCCUGGACAACGCCCGGAAGCUGGGUUACCAGGGAGCCAAGUUUGCCUGGGAGAGCGCAGGCUCUGGUAGGGAGGUCUGCCCCGAGGACAUCUACGGCACCCAGGAGAUUCACAUCAACGGAGCUGUGGUGCUGGCCUUCCAGCUGUACUAUCACGCCACCCAGGAUGUGCAGCUCUUCCGCGAGUCCGGUGGCUGGGACGUGGUCAGGGCUGUGGCUGAGUUCUGGUGCAGCCGCGUGGAGUGGAGCCCCGAGGAGGAGGAGUACCAGCUGAAGGGAGUCAUGCCGCCCGACGAAUACCACUCAGGGGUCGACAACUCCGUGUACACCAACGUCCUGGUCCAGAACAACCUGCGCUUCGCUGCGGCCCUGGCCGGGGACCUGGGACGGCCUGUCCCCACUGAGUGGCUGGCGGUGGCUGAAAAGAUCAAGGUGCCCUUUGACCCGAGGCGGGACUUCCACCCUGAGUUUGACGGGUACCAGCCUGGAGAGGAGGUGAAGCAGGCAGACGUGGUACUCCUGGGGUACCCCAUCCCUUUCCACCUGAGCCCUCACACUCGCAGGAGGAACCUGGAGAUUUAUGAGGCUGCGACGUCCCCAAGAGGCCCUGCCAUGACCUGGAGCAUGUUCGCCGUGGGCUGGAUGGAGCUGAAGGAUCCCCGGCGGGCCCAGGACUUCCUGGAGAGGAGCUUUGCCAACAUUGCUGAGCCCUUCAAGGUGUGGACGGAGAAUGCGGAUGGCUCUGGCGCUGUGAACUUCCUGACCGGCAUGGGGGGCUUCCUGCAGGCGGCGCUCUGUGGAUUCACAGGGUUCCGGAUCACCGGGGCUGGCGUGACCUUCGACCCCAUGUGUCCGGCGGGGGUCUCUGCAGUGUGUGUCCAGGGCCUGUGUUACCAGGGGAACAGGCUGGACUUCUCCUUCUCUGAGGGUUCCGUGACGGUUGAGGUCAAAGCCCAGCCAGGACCCGGGGCCCCGCCGCUGGAGGCUGAGCUGUGGCCGACGCGCGCACGAGUCCCCUUGCUCCCAGGGCACAGAGUCUCCUUCCCCCGCUCGGCUGGACGGAUACAGAGGUCACUCCCGCCUGGAGCAGAGGCAGCAGGUUCCGCUCCAGGAGUUUCCUAGGAGAACUUUGAGGACAUUAGACCCCUGCCCCACAACCCACGGGACCCCAGUUUCCUCGCCCUGGUGCUGUCUUGGGCACCCUGCACCUGCGUGAACAAGCAAGGCUUCCCGGAUGUCUCCCAGGUCCUCCGGGCUGGCUCCUCCUUCUGUGGGCGCCCCCCUCCGGCUGCACCCACCCCUCCUCAGCACCCUCCUGGCCCCCUCCAGCCAGCAGCCAGGCUCACGGGCUCCUGGGAAAAUCUGAAUUCAUUGGCCCAAAGUUCAAGACGGUCUGCCUCUAACCUGAGCCCCUCUGCAGCCGAGCCCUGCGUAGGCUGUGGGGUUCCCCCACGGCCUCACACUCAGCCACAUCUGUGCCUGCCUUUGUGGGCCGAUGCCCACGCCUGUACCUACACCGGUACCCUGCCCCAGGACCCCACAGUGUGGGGCGGGUGGGGCUCAAGCCUCCGUGUAGGGGAUGGCAGGGCCGAGGGGCAGGAGGCACACUUGGCCCCCUGCAGAGUCCUCGGGACUCUCCUUCACAGACCACAAAGGAACUUCGCGUGUCACACAGGCAAGGGGCAGGCACAGCAGAAUCAAGGUGUGCUCAGCAUCCUCAGUCCGUGGCUCCUCCAGCCUCCGGGCCACUUCAGUGAGGCUGCACCAUUUCCAUCACGGGCCUUUCUCAGCCAAGAAGAGCGGGGGCAGGGUGCAGAGCAGGACCAUGCACCUCGCCUCCGACCAGCCUGGAGAACUCAAGGCCACAGGCCUGGGCCCACCUGUCCUGACAGGCUGCCCCUCCUCCUGGGGCCUCAGCCCAUCUGUGGGCACAUCCAACUUGGGGCCUUGGGGGUUUCUCAAUGAGGGGAGAUGGUACCCGCUGCCAAAAUUUUGGUGAGAGCCGUGCCACGUGCACCAAGUGUGCCUGAAGAAUUAAAGGUCCAUGCUGGGAGAAAGUC